AAAAUAUUAAUGUGGAAAAAAAAGUAAAUAAACAACAGAGAAGAUGAGGACGCAUGUUUUCAAGUGACGGACUGUUCCGACGUCGGACGCGCGAUGUGACACCGGAUCCAACUGUCCUGAGGUUCUGCGCGGCUCCUCCCGGCGCAGACGGAAGGUGAACAUUUGCAGUUUUGUGUCGAAAAAAAGAAAAAAAUAAAAAAAUUAUUUUUCUUUCCGCGUAAGGCGAAAAAGGAAAAAAAAUGAGCCGCUUCCAUCUCCGUUACGCACGCAGCUGCGCCGUUACGCGCCGCUCACCUGUUGAAGUUGGCCGAUGAGCGGCAAACCGGCUCACUUCUCCUGACUCCAACACGAACCCCGCUGCACCACGUGCCCGUGUGACGCGCUUCUCGCCCGUUAUGUUGUAGGAUGAGCGCGGACUCGGAGCGCGCUUCGCUCAGCACCUCGGUGAACUUGGCCGGUUCGGGCGGCCGCGCGCUCUCUGCCAACGUCCGGCGGCUCCACGGCACCCUCAACCUGCUGCUCAGCGACCCCGAGAGGGAGCAGUUCAUCCACUGUCUGAGCGUGUAUCACGCCAAGCGCAACGUCUUCGACCUGGUCCAAACUCUCAAAGUGAUCCUCAGCACGCCCGCCAAGCGCCAGCUGCUGCCCAUGCUGCGCCUGGUCAUCCCGCGCUCCGACCAGCUCCUCUUUGACCAGUACACCUCAGAGGGACUGUACCUGAGGAGCGACCUGCCCGGUAACGGCUGCGCCGAGGCGCUGGAAGACAACGGCGACGGCGCGCUGCAGAAAUAUGUUAACUCCUUCCACGAGCGUCCCCUGGCCCCGUUCGCCGUGGGCCCCCUUGGAGACGUGCGCAGAGUCACCCUGAUGCGCACCAGAAGCCACGAGGGUCUGGGCUUCAGCAUCAGAGGCGGGUCCGAGCACGGCGUGGGCAUCUACGUGUCCCUGGUGGAGCCCGGUUCGUCCGCGGAGAGGGAGGGGCUGAGGGUCGGGGAUCAGAUCGUCACCGUCAACGACGUGACGUUUGACAACGUCACGCACAUAGAAGCCGUCAAGGUGCUGAAGGGAUGUAAGAAGCUGGACAUGUCAGUUUGCUCCAUGGGUCGCAUCCCAGGAGGCUACAUCACCAACCAUGUGUACAGCUGGGUGGACCCUCAGGGCCGGAGUGUCUCCCCACCACCUGACAGCCAAGAGGACACCCAGAGGCAAGGACGUGUCAUGGAAGAGAGGACGGUGAACCUGAACAUGGAUGAUGGUCGUUCUCUGGGCUUAAUGAUCAGAGGAGGUGCUGAGUAUGGACUGGGGAUCUUCAUCACUGGAGUGGACCCCGGAUCUGCUGCAGACGUCGGUGGACUAAAGGUUGGGGACCAGAUCCUGGAAGUGAACAGACAAAGCUUUGUCACCAUCUCCCAUGAUGAGGCCGUUAAUAUCCUCAAAACAGGGCGUCACCUCCUCGUGAGGGUGAGAGAUGUGGGCCGUCUGCCUCAUGCACGCACGAUGGUGGAUGAAACCAAAUGGAUCAACAGUCUGACCACAGCGGAGGGCACAGCCACAGCCGGCGUACCUCCUGUAACCGACCCCGCUAUUAUCAGCAGCAUCCAUGCAGGUGUCGGUGCUGGUGCUUGCAGCACAAGCCGGCCGUCCUCAGCCAGAGACACGCCCACAUUAGGAAUGUCGGCAGUGUUCCGGACCGUCGGCCCGCCCGUCACCCAAGUAUCUCUGGAGGAGCAGGCAUACAUGCUGCUAACAGAGCCGGAGAGGCAAACCAUGGCCUACUACCUGCAGGAGUACCAGCAUGGACACAUCGGCGUAGAGCCGCUGACCAUGGCUCUGUUUGAGCUCUUCAACACUCAUGCAAAGCUUUCCAUGCUGUCUGAGGUGAGAAGUUUGGUGGCUCCACAUGAUCUUGAGGUUUAUGAUAGAUUGGUGUUACACCGUGAGCGAGAGGCCCACCAGGUCUGGCAUGAAGGAUUGGGAGUUCUGCAGCCACAGAACCACUGUGUCCACGCAGAGACCAUGACUCCAAAUGCAGCACAUACGACCACAUCAAAGUUGCAGGAUGAAAUGCAGGCUUCGUGUGCAUCUCCUCCAUCUUUCAGGCCUGCUACUCUUCAAGACCAAAGCAGGUUGUUCAUGGAGAAAGAUCUGGGUCGAAAGCCUUCAGCCAGGCUGGUGCAGCCGAACCCCAGCCUGCUUUUUACCGGACCGACCCGACUGUUUCAAGAAUGCCUACACAAGUCACUCAAAUCCCUCCCCACCAUACAUCAGCCCCCCUCAGCAUCCGCUCAACACGUCUGCACUGGUACCACCCACCACACGUCCGUCAAUUUACGCCAUCACCCCUGUCAAGGUUCCAUCGAGCUAUCUAACUUCGAACACCACUCCCAUUUUGCACAUCAGUUCCACCUAUACCCCACCCAUCAAAAUCGGCCCAUUUCAGGACACUUCACCUGUCCAGGAUUCCUGCAUCAUUGUGACUUCUCCAGUUCUGCAAAGACUGAGGCAAUGGUCAAGUUCUACUCUAGGGCUAGUUCCUAUGAGAAGUCCUCCUUCUUCUCAAAAUCUGCAGCUUCUUCCAAUGUGGCAUCUCCCACACCAUCACCCAGUCCAUCACAAUGCCCUUCACCCUGCCCCUCCCUGAUCACACCCGCUGCCCCGCCAUGCAGUCCUGACCGGCCCUGCUCACCUGCCCUCAACCAAAAGACCAACACAACAGACAUGAACCGGUUGUCUGCAGAUUCCAGGUGUCAGCAAAGAGGUGCUACACUGUCACAGCUGUCCGACAGCGGCCAGACGCUGAGCGAGGACAGCGGUGUGGACAUAGCUGAGGCUGGAGGACUCGGCAAGGAAGGCAGCCCUCGACCCAAAAAGAACCAGCAGGGCCAUCUGGAGCAGCAAGGACUUCAUGCUCUCCCACCAGGAGCCACCAGACCGCAGACCGGCUCACCAGUCCCAGGUCCCACUGCUACUCUUGUCCGGGUGGUGAAAAACACCAACACCCUUGGCAUCGCCAUAGAGGGUGGUGCCAACACUCAUCAACCAUUGCCACGAAUUGUCACCAUACAGAAAGGAGGCUCAGCUCAUAACUGUGGCCAGCUGAAGGUGGGUCAGGUCAUCCUGGAGGUCAAUGGAGUUUCACUGAGAGGUCGGGAUCAUAAGGAUGCUGCCCAGAUCAUCGCCGACGCCUUCAAGACCAAAGACAUGGACCACAUUGACCUCCUGGUGAUUGAACCAGGACCUUAGUGUGAGGGGCCGUUCACGUGGCUUAGUUUAGGUCUGAGAGGAAACCACAUGGCAUGCACAUGAUGCUGGCGUCCAAUCACAGCGCUUGAGUUUCAGGGAGAGGGUAACUUGAA